UGGGUACGGUGGGGGUGGGCUGGGGUUGGACUUGGAGAUCUUAGUGCUCUUUUCCAACCUUAAUGAUUCUACGAUCCUAGUGAGCCGAGUCUGCACCUCCCCAGAUCCCCACCAACCAAAACUGAACCGAGACACUGGGUUUCACUUCCCAGCCAAAACAUACGCAAUGCAAAACAGCCCUAAAUCCAUCCCACUUCGGGUGCUAACGCAAAUGGGAGAUGGUAGAUAGGAGAGUUCUGCUUGCCUACGGUUUUUAGCACAGGGCACAGGAGGCUUUCAUAUUACAAACUCUAUUACAACACUUUGGCCGAAGGCAUCCCACAUGUGCAUCCACCCAAUUCGGUGGCCGGGGGAAAGGGCACGGCUGGGUGCAACCAGCAGCAGCGAUGUCCCAGCGCAGAGAGGCACACAGCUGGGCACAGCUGGCAGCAAUCCCCCCAGCCCGGUGCAGCAUCUCCCUCCUGGGCGCAUCCCACACAGAGGGGAGGUGGCAGGGAGCCGGGAUGUGCCCCCUUCAGUUCCAGCUCUGAUGACCCCGGCCAUGGCUGUGUUGCACAAGGUUUGUUUGUGUGCACCAAGCAGUCAGGUGUGCUGCAAUAACGAGUUAAAGCACAAACACGCCUGGGCUCUGACUCACACCCACCGGAGCAAAGAGCCAUGGGUGAGGAUGCCGGCAGCAUGGGGGACGCUGCCUGUGUUGCAUGAGUCCGUGGUCCCAUUCUCCUUAGCACCAUGCAAGUGUACCUCCAAACCCACCUGCAUUGGUUACGGGGAUCCCUGCAGUAAAACACUGCGUAAAAACAUGCCAAAUGCCAAAAAAAAACCAAAAAAGAAGAAAGCAAAAUCGGAUGGUUCCAGCCUGCUCCUGUCCCACGUGCCCCAAAUCCCACAAAUCACUCGUGGCCACUCCAACACCUGGGUGGGCACCAAGCACCCCGGAGCCUGUGUGCGUCGCUGCUUAUCUCCAAUUAGGAAACCCACAGCGCUGUCACCCGGGGAAGCUGCUGCUGGGAGCCUGCAGCCCACGAGGGGCUUGGAAGAGGGACUGCUGCAGUCCCCGCUUUGUUUCCAAAACGUCGGCUGUCUGCUUCCAGUGGGAGUUUGCUGGAAUCCAAACUGGAGGAAAGCUCUUGGAAUCCACCCACGGAACAAAAGGGCUUUUGUGCAGGAGGAGCGCGAGGAUGAGGCCGCUCUUGUUGCCGCUACCUUCAUUUCUCUGCUCCAUCUGCCAAAGGGCACCUGCCAGCGGCACCGGGACGGGCGGCACAUGUGGGUGGGCGCACGGACAUGAGGACACACGGACACAUGGACAUGUGGACAUACAGGCAAGGGGAUACACGGACACAUGGACAUGUGGACAGACACAGACACAAGGACACAUGGACGUGCAGACACAUGGACAUGCACACACACAGUCUUAGCCACGGUGGGAGCACAUCUGCCAUAAACCCCCCACCACAGCCCCGCUACAAACACUUCUGCCCUUAUUAACAUACCCACUCCCUGGAAAACUCAACAGAGAAACAGAAUUCCCCCGUUGCUUGGCUGAGCCCCAAAGGAACUGCUUUCCUCAAUCGGUGGGACACCAACCCUGGUGCCACACCAACCCACGGCGCGGUGACGUUCCUGCUGCCCCGUGCUCAGCAGCCACAAGAGGCUCAUUUUGCUGAGACGGAUUGAACCUCCUCAGCAUACUGCAAACGCUGGACAUUUACACAGUGCCAUGGAGCCAUCUCCUGCUGCUGAUUCACUGCAUAUAAACCUGAGUUUAUAAUUUUCUGUUCACGAGAAAAGCCACCUUUGGACAAAACAGGCAAUUCACGUUCCAAGCGCAGCAGAGAGAAAUGCCCAUUGAUCCUGUAGUCCUGUUUGUUGGCAACACGGUCAAGAUUUUGACCAACGUGACUCUGUGCUCCCCCUCAAGAACCCUCUUCUAUUCAUUUCUCAUCUGUGAGCUUGCUUGCUUAAUUUUGCACCAAAACAAUUAAAGAUGACACUUAGCUCUGAACAGCGCAGAUGGCAGAGCUCACUCAUGCUCCCUCUGCUGGCAAUGCCUCCUGGCAAAUGGGUAGGUCCUACCCUAAAUACAUUGGGCCCCCUGUUCAUGGUGAGCUCGGGGUACAGGAUAUGGGAUGCAGGAUGCAGGGUGCGUGAUGGAAGGAUGAGGGAUGUAGGCUGGAGUAGAAACGACGCAGGAUGCAAGACGCAUGAUGCAAGAUGUGGGAUGCAAGGUGCAGGAUAUGGGAUGCGGGAUGGAGGAGAUGGGAUGGAGGAUGGAGGAUCCCAGAUGCAGAAUAUGGGAUGCAUGAUGCAGAAUAGGGGAUGCAGUGCUCAGACUGCCACAGAAGCCCUGAGGUUCAGAUGGAUUUAGGCAGAGGUCAGAGGGCACCAACUUGCAGCUCUUCUGCCAGGCACCUACCAAGAGCGUGGACGUGCUUGCACCUCAUCUAAUAAAGCAAAGCAAGCAGUAUGUAAAGGACAAAAGCUUUUCCUCAGUUUUUAUCAUGCAAUUUUAUUUCAGUUUGGAAAACAUAGUGAAAUGCAUGAUGGCACGGCACUGCGGCAGAAGACAGCCCUCCUUGCCCUUUUUCCCAUCCAGCCAAGUGUCCCUGACACAAGUGAGCGGAUUUUUUUUCUACCCACAUAGGCCCACGUGGCUCAAACCCCACCAGGCUGCACCUCUCCACCCAGCCUGAGCCAGGAGCUGUGACCACAGAAUUCCCUUUAGGAGCUUUUCUGUCAAAGCCUCUGUAGAACUCCCUGUGCUGGGUUCGUGACUGCACAUUCAGUUACAUGCAUAAAUGCUCUCAAGUACGGUGCUGCUUUCUGACAGGGACAGGGAGAAAUAGGAAAAAAGGAACCAAGGGAGAGCAAGGUGCUGUAAAUCAUCACACAGAUCCUACAUGUCUACCCCACUUAGCAACCAGGACCAAAUAGAUCCUGUAAAUUCUGAUGUGUGUGCUCAGCUGCAAGGACAUCCAGUCCCACUGACUCUGCUCACGUGCUCCAGGUUUAACACAUGCAUAAGGAGUUUCAAGAUCAGAAUAUGAAUUAAAAAAAUCACGUUCAGCUUCACUUGUAUGGGGAAAGCAAACAAAUCUCCAGACCCCUCCCAGCCCAGCUGCUCUGAAUCUGCUCCCAUUCAUUGCUGCUUGGCAUCAGCUGUGGCGAUGCCUUUGUAAAGCAGGAUCCUGUGGACUGGUCCUGCAGGAGGUGCUUCUGGGGGGUGAUGCUGGCAUGGGACAGCUCUAAACGUGUGCUGCAAGAGGGUAUCUCCCCAAGGAUGGCCCUAUGCUGUGCAGAGCUAUUAGGUUACUCCAUCAACCCUGUGCUUGUUAAAUAAGAGGAAAAAUCUGUGGGCAUGCAGUGAAGGUCAAUCUUGCGGUUUCUGAAAACAUUUAAUUAGUACGGUUAAGUGCUGAGGUCCGCCUGGGAGCAAGCUGCUGCAUCAACAGCUCUGAGCACGGGGAAGGAAUCCUACAGCAGGAGUGCAGCAGGGGCUGCAUCGCGGUGCCCAAGCUCCGGAGGUGACCCGGCUCAUGGGGAAACCCACCGCGGUGUCUCUUAAUGGCCUUAAGUUGCACGAGGGGAUGUUCAGGGCUGUGCCAGAGGGGAACUCCAUUACUUUUAGAGCUAUCAGAGCAACAAAAGACUUUUUUUUUUUUUUUUGACUCAUUUUCUGUAUCUGCCCUUGAACUACCGGAGAAGCAAUAAACAUGCUUAAGAGAAAUGCCAGCACGGAGGGAAGCAGUGAUUUUCAUAAAGCAACCGAGUGUCAGAUGGGCCCUGCUGCAAGCACAGCAAUGGGCAGUGCCAGGAGCAGCCCCUCGAUGGGGUGAAGCAGCACAGCAGCACAGUGCUUGGGAUUUGCACCACACACAGUGCCCUGAGGCCGCUGCGUGCUGAUAAGCACUGCUUUAUGCAGUGCAAUUACAUAUUUUUGUUUAGGAAAAGAUUCUCCUUCAAAAGCAGCUAGGACAUCUCUGCCCAUUCAGCCUUCCUAAAGGCCUCCUGCUGUAGACAGAAGCGGUGACUCCUGUACUUAUUUUUCUACUGCUGCCUUAUCUUUGGCAUCUCAGCUGCGACUUUUACUGGUUUUUUUCCACUGGUUUCAUCAGAGUGCAGUAGAAGUGGAUGUUCGUUGGGCUUCAGCUCUGCUAAUGAUUCUUGAUCUGCGUGGUGCAGGCGAGGAGAGCCCAGCCUUGAUGAGAAAACGGCAAGCUAAGUAGGCUAACAAAACAGCAGCAGCAAGAAACUGGAUCAGCUCCGCUCAGCGAAGUUUUCCUGCUUGAACAGAGGCGGGGGGGGGGGGGGGAAAUCACUUUCUUUCUCUGAAAUCUUUCUUACAAAUACCAAACUGCAAAGGCUGCUCCCUCCGGCUGCUUGCACAACGCUCCUUGGGCUUCGCUGCACUUGGCUUUUUGCAGCAGCCUCCAUGUGCAAAGGCCCUGGCUGCGAUGGUUUUGGGGGCAGCAAAGCAGCCUGAGCAGUGCCUGCCUCACGCUCAGCUAUUAUGGGGUGCGAACCCCGAGGGAUGCUCGGCACAGCCCUGCUUGCUUGGGAUGCGGCAGCAGCUUCCUGCAGCCCUCGCGGAGGAUGUGCAGCAUCUGUUUGCAACAUCUCCAAAACCGAGAUGACUCACGAGUGCUUUCGCACCCCAGAGACCUUAAUGAUGGGAUGAACUCCCUGAAACGUCAACCAAGUGCUUGGGAUUUCCUGCUUCAGGGGAAGGAGGGCUUUCGGUUUGGCUCUGAGGCAGGAGAAAGCCCUAUAAGCAUGUCUCAGUAAAAAGCCAGUGGGAGGGGGAAGCCUGAGCCAGGAUUACUGUGCACUUUUCCAUUUGUUCUCGUCAAUGUGCAAAAUAACAUGGAUUUGGAAGACAAAAAGCAAAAAACCCGAAACCUUUAUGCACUGCGAGUGGGUAUGGAAUGGUACUGAAUGGCCUUUCCUGCUCUGCUGCUGCAGAAUAUAUCUGGCAUGGCACAGCUCCAGGAUCCUAGAUCUGCUUUAGUGCUAACAUUGCUCUAGCUGAUAAUGCUAAUCUCUUAAACUAUUCCCAGCCAGGCCCUAAGGAAGGGAGCUAAGCAACUCUGCAGCUAAUGAAACAACUUUCGUAAUUAUAGCUCUGGCCGUGGCUGAAACGCACAGAGCAGCCCUGAGAUUUCUCCAGACCCCAGUGACCCCAGAGCCAAACAAUCACCCAGUGCACCCUACUGGCAUAGGGCUGCCUUCGGGGCCAUCACUCCCCACUGACAUGGGGCUGCCUUUGGGGCCAUCACCCAUCAUGCCCCAUGGGCACAGGGCUGCCUCUGGGGCCAAACAAGCCAACCAAACCAACUUCUUAGUUAUCUGAUCUAUCUGCAACCACAGCGUGCCAUGGACAAGUCUGCUUUGUGACUUCCAUGCUAAUUGUGUUCCAUUAACGCCAGUGUUCUCGGAAGAAUGAGGAGUCUCAGCUCUCCAAACUGCUCCUGCGGUUUUAAUUGAGCAUCAUUUGUUUCACCUUAGCAGCUUGUGUGUGCGUCACAGGAGGGAAUUCACCCCAAAGGAAGGCCUGUUUUUUGGUAACUGAAGGAAACUAAUGAGCACCACUUGGUGUGGCAGUGAGAAACCUAAAACAAACCACCAAGGCUUUACUCCUUUCCCCCUGCAACGUAUCACUUUUAUUGCUAUAAUUACUCACAUAGUUCAAGCUUUUUAUGCGCUGAGGGUUUCCUGUCCCCGCUGAGCCCUGGGGAGCGUUGCCCUCCUGCCCUGUUGCUGCUGGGACAUGGGUGCAGCACACCCCAAGGUGCAGCUCCAUCCUCAGGGCAAUGCUACAGGAGCAGCAGAGCAGGGUGCAUGGUUCCCCCUCGCUGAGCAGCAGUCUUGGCUGACAUCAGACACUGCUGCCCUCUGCUUUCUGCCCCAGCCAUCUGCCUGUCCUUCAUCCCAUGCUACUUAACUCCUCCAGCAAUGCACUGCACUUCCACACUUCUUUAUACGCACGUGCACGCUGCUUAACACAGGCACGCUCCGUCACGACAAGUGGCACAGAGUAAACAAGUCACGCAACGGGGUCAAUGCAAUUUGAAUCGUCAGACAGCAAUUCAGCGAGUUCUUUAAAUUAAAAAAAAAAAAAAAAAAAA